CCGCGCCGUUGUUUCCGCCCUGGCGGUUGCCCACGUCUCGCCUUUCCCCCGGCGCCACACGGAACGCGAAAGGCAAAUCGGCCGCAACGCAACACGACGGCGAUGCCGCGCCAACACGGGGAAUCCACUCAUCUGCCCGUGUCGACUCACGCUCCAGGAGACCCGAGCCGCCAGCUCGGCAGCCGCAACAAUUCGGCCUCCGUGAGACCAGACCGGUCGUGACAGCCUGCUCUCGACGACACCGUGCGCAGAAAAAAAAAAGGGCUAGGUGGCUGCUGGCGACAGCGUGGUCAACGCGACGGUUCACUGCCACGUCGGGGCUUCGAAAGGGCGCGAAGCAGCAGCAACAGCAGCAACGACGCUGGCGCGCAGCUGUUUUUUGCCGCAUACUCGCCUGAAUCCGAAAGCAGUUCAGCGAGACGACUGUGAAGAUUGUGGUGAUUGCAACAAGUGGCCUUGGGCAGCGCCCGGCAAACACUGAAGACACGCAGGCCAGUGUUAGAUGUGUUUCCGUUUGUGAAGACGCCAUCGAACGGUGUGUUUAGUCGACAGCUUGUGAGGACUUUGUUGUGGCGGAGUGACAACUGGAUAACAUCCAUUUGCAUGAAACACGAUGGGUACUUGAUUAAUGCUGUGUUGAGGGUGGCUUUCAACGGAUGCUUGCUUCGUGUUCCUCAUGCUCAACGAGGUUUUCUGGUAGCCUGCGUUGUACGCUGCAGUAUACGCGUCACGUUCUUGCGAAAGUGAUUACUAGUCAAACAACAAGUGCGCCUUCGUGAUUUCCCUGACAUAAGGUGCAUUUCAGGAUCCUGCCAUUGACAACUGUUACCGGUCUCUCAUGAAGGAUUAGCAUCAGCGCGAUGUUUGUGAUCAAGAAGCAGUGAGCUACGUGGAGGAGCUUGCUAUAAUAGACCAACGUUCUUGAAGGUUCCCUUCAGAGCAGCGCACAAAAUGAAGGCUCUGGUGGUCAUCUGCCUUUUCAUGGCGGCCUCGUUUGCUGAUGUCCGCCCCAAGUGCCCAAGCGGACAUACUCAAAUUUACCCCUGCAAGUGCGCUAGAAGCGAAGACGUUGGACUUCAUAUCGUAUGCGAUGGCGUGAACUUGGCCAUGAUGUCACGGGGUUUGGGUAACGUGGAGCACCCUGUAGCUAAUCUUACUAUCACCGGAUCGUCGUUCAAAAGGUUGUUCGGUGACGUCUUCAGCGGAUUACAAGUUAUAAACCUUACCGUAGCUCAUGGAUCACUUGCCUCGGUUGCCACGGAUGUUAUGGACCACUUCAACGAAUCGCUAAAGUUGCUCAGCUUUGAAGACAAUGCCCUGACUGAGAUUCCCGUAGAACUGAUUAACAAGUUUAGGAAUCUGACGUCCUUAAAUCUAGCGCAUAACCGAAUCGAGGUUAUCCCUGCAAAUGCGUUCGGUGCCUUGAACAUCCUGUUCGAAUUGCGUCUUGAUCACAACCUCAUUUUCAAAGUUCACCCCUCCGCACUCACAGGACUCAAUAGGCUUGAAAGACUAGAGAUGCACCAUAAUAAAAUGGAGAAGAUUGAACGAAACACUUUCCGAUUUGCUCGAAAGAUCAAAUACUUAGACUUGUCCUACAACAAUUUCACUGCGUUCCAAAAGAUUGACUUCAACCAGCUUACAAAUAUGUGGUUUCUAAACAUAUCAAAUAACCGAGUGAAGACAUUUCCGCGAGGCAUGUUCGUCGCCAAUGCCAUCCUUCGUGUUAUCAACAUGUCUUACAAUGAACUUCCUGAAGUUGAUGCCAACACUGUGAAAGGCGUAAGGUUCCUUCGAGACGUUUACUUCAGAGGAAACAGGAUAACAAAAGUCCACAAGCAAGCAUUCGUGUCCUCUAGACAUAUUCGCACUAUUGAUUUAGCCUAUAACCUGAUGGAAGAUGUUGGAUAUGAGCAGUUCAAGGAUUUUCAGUGGCUUGAGAAACUGGAUCUGAGCUACAACAAGAUUUCUAAAAUUGCUAGCUCAGCCUUUUUGAAAAUGUACCAAGUUCACAUUGAUUUGAGUCAUAAUAAUAUUAGUUUCAUUGGAGACAUGGCCUUCCAAGAGUUGUCUAAUGUUACCUUGUUUGAUCUCUCACAUAACAACAUUACUACCAUUCCAAAAAAUGCAUUCUACUUAUCUGACGUCACUGUUCUUCUCCUCAACCACAACAACAUAACUGAUUUUAAUACGGUCCCGGUUGCUAACAUUACUGGAAUCAAGGUUCUUAACAUGACUUUCAACAAUAUCAACGAGCUAAAUCGAAAGGCAUUCACGAAGAAGAGGUUGUACGAGCUGCACACGGUUGAUUUCAGCUACAACAACAUUACUGAAAUCUCUGGAUCAGUUUUUGAGAAGUUGGCUGGCGUGCGAUUUAUAAACCUCAGUCACAAUGUAAUAAAGAAGAUUGGCUACAGCACUUUUGGGUCAAUUCCAACGCUACUCGAACUGGAUAUCAGCCACAACAAUAUCAGUGACGUUAGCCACGGUGGCCUCUCGGCCAUGGUCAGUGUUCGCCUGAUAAAGGUCAACGACAACAAGAUUAAGCGAAUGUUCAAUCUUCCUAUAGCACUGAAUGAACUUCAUCUGCAAAACAACCAAAUCGCGCAUUUCGGCCCUGGAACAUUCAGGUCGAUGAAUUCCUUGCUAAGGCUCUACCUAGAUAGCAAUAAUCUCACUCGACUGGAAAGAGGAUCCUUCUCUAAUCUACUCACACUGCAAACGCUCUCUCUUUCCAACAACAGCAUAGACAGGAUACCUUGGGAAGCACUGCAGGAUCUUAGUUCUCUUCAGUACUUAUAUCUGAAUGACAAUAAGAUUAAAGCGCUCCCGAAGAAAGCGUUAGGGCGCCUGCCUGUCGUGUUCGAGCUCCUGCUCCAGAACAAUCAGAUCAACAAUGUCACGGAAUACGCUUUUGAGGGCAUGCUGCAGCUCAUUCGUCUCAACUUGAGCUACAACAACAUCUCCUUCAUCCCGCCGGAGGCGUUUAAGGGACUCGUUUCGCUGCAGACUCUGGACCUCUCGCACAACUUGCUCAACAAGCUCGAAAACAAAACCCACGGCUUGCUGGACGAUCUACUGUCGCUUUCCUCCAUCAACGUCUCUCACAAUGAGGUUGCUUUCGUGACGGAAAAGACAUUCCCUCGAUCCCCUUACAUUCCGUACAAGCUUAAACACGUCGAUCUCAGCCACAACUUCAUUUCGGUUCUUACGAACAGCUUCGACGACGGCCUUGGAAAAGCGGAGUAUAUCGACUUGCGCCAUAAUCUCAUCAAUGAAGUUUACCCCAACGUUCUGAGAAACCUGAGCAGCCUAAAACAUCUCGAUAUGUCGCACAAUGAUCUGAGACACAUUGCCAAUGGCGCUCUCGUGCUACCAGAGAACGUUAGCUGGGCAGAUUUUAGCCAUAAUAAGAUCUUCUCAGUCGACCUGCGGGACUUCCUGGCGUCUCAGCAGCUGCGGCACCUUGACCUUCGGUUCAACAACGUGACAAUGUUUGAAGAGGAAUACAUGGCGAGAAUCAAGAAUGGCCUCCGGCUUUAUUAUGAAGGAAACCCAUUGAACUGCGACUGCCGCGUCAAGUACCUGCGCCAGUGGCUGGGUCACAACCCUCAAGCGACAGAGUGGAACGACGUUGUCUGCCACUCUCCUCACCACUUGCACAAGCGCCACCUUGCGGACGUCAGCCCCGAUGUCCUUGAAUGCCUUACCGACGAGGAGCGUGCAGUAAAGGGUGAGGAGGAUGAGUCAUUAGUCGACAUCAAGUUCAGGCUCGUCGAUUCACCAUCCAAGAGAGCCAUACGGUUCGCCUGGUACGUGGCCACGAAGGAGGACGUGUCUGGCUUCCGGGCUAUAGUGAGUGACGUGUCCACCAGCAGCCUCACGAGCGAAACAGAUAUUCCUUAUCGGUACAGGGAGUACACUAUUGAUGGCCUCGAGUCGUCGGUGGAAUACAGGCUGUGUUUAGUCGCCCUGGACUCAACAGGAGAAGCCCGCGGUCUUCCUAUGCGCCAGUGCAGGACAGUUACGCCGGUCGGUGCUGCAUCGAGGACAGUGAACUCUGUGCCUGUGUUGAUCGUUCUACUUGCUGCAGUCACCACUGCACUGUGUUCAGAGUUCUGGAUCUCGAGCACAUGAGCGCAUGGUUUUCAGGAACAUCGCGAAAGGGUUUAGGUCUCAUCUUUGCUUCGUGCUUCCUGGGACACCGUGAAGUGUGUGGUUCAGUACAUGUGCAGCGAAAAACACUGCUAAACUUUGUGUUAAGGCCGGUGAGCAUAAAAAUCUCAAGGUGACUCCAUGGCUGACCACAUUGUCGUGCGCAAUAUUUUGUGCCCGAAACCUCACAGAAAGGUUACAGGACUAAAUAAACACGCAAAACGUAUCAGCGUACACUACUGGAGCAACGAAAGUGGCAUCGAUAAUCAAAUACAUAAAAGCGGUGCUGUGCAGCAAGAACAGAUUACCCAGAACAGUUUACUGGCCAUUCGAAAAAUUUCCCAUUUUUUUUUGCAAUGCUAACUUCCAUGACAUCUAAUCAGAGAUCACCGUGGUAAGUGCCUUGUGCGUAUGCUGGCGCCGUCUUCUUAUUCUCGUCAUCUCUACCACCAUUUCCAUGCUGUGUUCAGGUUGAUGAGUUUUGAUAUAUAUUAUAAAGGCACCAUUGUCCUUGUGCGUUACAUUACCAACGUCAUGUGAUGGGUGCUCUCGCUAGAACUUAUGCAUCAUGUUGGCAAGUGCUAUAGUCGACAAAUAGCACGUGUGCUUCAACGUGUGCUUCACUCCGAGUUGUGAAAAUGAAAAAAAAAAGAAAUGUACAGUUGUUGCCAGUUCAAUAGUUUACUUGUGAGCAUUUCGUAUCAAUUAUAACCACAUCCACUCAAUAUACCGAGCUGAUUAUGGCUCUCAUCUCUGUCCGCUUUGACACUAAUGUUCACAUAUUACAUGCCUAUGUACAGUGUGUGGAAAGGAAACCAGUGGGAACCAUCGCCACAGUUUCGUCUAGACAAAUGAGGAAAAUUCACCUGUUACUUCCCCAAGUUUUCAUCAUUUAGCAAGACUCAUUGUUAAGCUAGUUGGUCUUUUAUUCUUAUUCUCACUACGGUAACAAUGCAAAGUGGCUAAGCCCCUAAUGAGUUUAUAAAACGGUUCUUUGUUUUGCUUCGAAAGCAAACGAUGAUCGCAAACAAAGCACCUGUGUCCGUUCGUCAAAUUAUUCAUCGAGGCUUUUUUGGUUCAUGUGCAUGGCAUGUGUGAAAGUUCACCUUGGGCAGAGAGAGGAAGGCGAAAAUGACCGCCUAAGGGAGCACGGUGUAAGUGUGAAGUAAGAGAAGUGCGAACACUUGGUUGUGCACGAUGCUGCAUGUGAAUGCAAGGCGUGACUUCGGGAGAAAAGAUUUAAAGCAAUAGCAAAAGCAGCAAGUCUCCGCUGUCCCUGGAGGCAUGUUUAUCAACAAUCUGUCUGCAUCAGUGAAGUGUCCGCAAACCUGCACAAUACCGGGUAUGGUUUUACAAAUGGCGCUCUGUGACAAGUGCGAGAAUUCUAGUUUUCUUCUUCCGUUUUUUUUUCUUGUUUUUUUGCGCAGUGAUGCGAUGAUGCAUGCGCACAAUAUUGUACUUAUAUUGUUGGGUGGUCUAAUAAGCAUAAAAAGUUGAUAAUAGCACUCUCCCUUCUCUGUUUUUUUUUGUGUGUGUCUGUCCGCUACAUUGCGGUAAGAAUUGUUAGAAUUCUAGAGAUUUAUAUGAACUUUUGUAACAGACUGAAAGUCGGUCAGAGUGGAACCAGCAGUGUUGCCUCCCCUAUGACCAACACUUAUAUAAGGCCCGUUUGACGGAAGAAGUCUGUAGUAUUUCUCUACAGAGAUGAAGCGCUGAAGUGAGACAGCGUUAAAAAACAAGCGGGAAAGCAUUAAUUAUGCACUAAUAAUGCAUUUCGGUCGCUUUGUAAUUUAUUUAUGUUUGGAAUACCUCAAGGGCCCUCGACAACAGGCAUUACAUGAGAGGGUUGGCGGGAUAUCUAGAACACCAGUAGUUAGCAUGACUUGAGUAAUGCGUCUC